AUGGCCAAAGGAGACGCCUCCUCGCCAACCGGCACACCUUCCUCCGCGUUGAAACGAACCACCUCGAGUGCCCAGAACAUGAAAAGCCAGAAGUCUAUUCUGGGAUUUUUCCAGAAGUCAUCUCCCGCGACACCCUCUAGUGUCAAAGCGAAACCCCGCGAGCCCGCCUCCUCUCCAGCCCAACGAGCCUCCGAACAACGUAGUGCUAUUGCUAGUGCUACGAAACCCAAGGAAAAGAGAAGUUUCUCUAGCUUUGCACAGGACUUGACCCCUGUGCCUAGUAGUGAUAUGCCCAUCCCGGAUGAAGACGAGGAAAAUGUGGAUGCUGUAAAGACUGGAGGCGACGCAGCCCCGGAUGCAGAAAUGACCCCUUCACGUCGAUCCAAGAAGAAACAGGUCAGCUAUAAGGAAUCUGACUCUGAAGGCGAAGACGAUGAUGAAGCUAUCUUCCGUCCCAGCCGGAAGAACGGUGCCGGAGGUCGUGCCGCGAAGCGCCAGAAGACUGUGGUAGAAAGCGAAGACGAGUUCGAAGCUGGUGCAGAGGAUGCCGGAUAUUCGGACGAUGAGAUGGACGACUUUGUCGUUGCCGAUGACUCCGACGAGGACGCUGCACCCGCGAAGAAGCGAAAGAGAUCGGCUCCCCAAUCUGCGCGCAAGAGCUCCAACCAGUCCUCCUCGCUUCCACCACCCCCACCGGCCGACGAAGACCUCGACAUUGAGCUCCACGAGAGCUCGGGGGGAACUGCUCUUAAGUGGACGUUUGACCCAGAAAGUACAGAGCCUCGGAAAGAGCGUGAAACGAACACCAAGGCUCCCGCCAGUACGAAGAAGGAAAAGGCUCAUGUCAGAGACCCCGAGGCGCGCUACCCUUGGCUUGCCAACCCCAUGGAUAUCGACAAGAACCCUCCAGGCCACCCCGAUUUUGAUCCUCGAACGAUCUAUAUUCCUCCCCUCGCCUGGUCCCGCUUCUCACCGUUCGAGAAGCAAUACUGGGAAAUUAAGCAGAAGUUCUGGGACACUGUUGUGUUUUUCAAGAAGGGAAAGUUUUACGAGCUUUACGAGAAUGAUGCUACCAUUGGCCAUCAAUUGUUUGAUCUGAAACUUACGGACAGAGUGAACAUGCGCAUGGUCGGUGUUCCCGAAAUGAGCUUGGCCCACUGGGCGAACCAAUUUGUCGCCAAAGGUUACAAGAUUGCUCGUGUAGAUCAGUCCGAGUCCGCACUCGGCAAAGAAAUGCGUGAGCGGGAUGGAAAGAAACCUGGCAAGGAAGACAAGAUCAUCAAGCGUGAACUUGCGUGUGUCCUCACUGCUGGUACACUUGUUGAAGGGUCCAUGCUUCAAGACGAUAUGUCCACAUACUGUGUUGCCAUCAAGGAAGCUAUCGUGGACGAUCUCCCUGCAUUCGGCCUAUCUUUUGUCGACACGGCGACGGGUCAGUUUUUCAUCUCCGAGUUUGUUGACGAUAUCGACAUGACGAAAUUCGAGACCUUCGUUGCACAGACCCGCCCGCAAGAAUUAUUGCUUGAGAAGGGCUGCGUUUCGCAUAAGAUGAUGCGUAUUCUGAAGAACAACACCGGACCUACCACCCUAUGGAACUACAUGAAACCAGGCAAAGAGUUUUGGGAGGCGGAUAUUACAUUGAAGGAGCUGGAUGCUAGCGAUUAUUUCGUUUCUCAAGAUGAUGAUAAUAUUAAAGCUUGGCCUGAGACUUUACGCCAGGCGCGCGAGAAGGAGCUUCUCAUGUCUGCAUUUGGUGCUCUGACUCAAUACCUGCGCCUCCUGAAGAUCGAACGCGACCUGAUUACCAUCGGCAACUUUACAUGGUAUGAUCCGAUCAAGAAGUCUUCCAGCUUGGUGUUGGACGGUCAAACUUUGAUCAACAUGGAGAUCUUUGCCAAUUCAUUCGAUGGAGGUGUGGAUGGUACACUAUUCCAACUCCUCAACAAGUGUAUCACACCCUUUGGCAAGCGUUUGUUCAAGCAGUGGGUCUGCCAUCCAUUGAUGGACUCGCAGAGAAUCAAUGCGAGAUUGGAUGCUGUCGACUCUCUGAACGCUGACCCCAGCGUCCGGGAUCAGUUCUCCUCGCAACUGACUAAGAUGCCUGACCUGGAGCGGUUGAUUUCUCGUGUUCAUGCAGGCGUUUGCAAGGCUCAAGAUUUCGUUCGUGUCCUCGAAGGAUUCGAACAAAUUGAUUAUACCAUGGGUCUCCUAAAAGAUAGUGGUUCUGGCGAGGGAAUCAUCGGACAAUUGAUCUCGGCUAUGCCCGACAUGACCGAGCUCCUGGCAUACUGGAAGACUGCAUUUGAUCGUUCCAAGGCCAAGGAGAAUGGGGUACUUGUUCCGGAGACUGGUGUGGAAAGCGAUUUCGACCAAUCGCAAGAGACGAUUGAUCAGCUUCAUCAGGAUCUCGAUAAUAUUCUGAAGAAAUCACGCCGUGAGCUAGGAUCAACUGCCAUCUGCUACCGUGACAAUGGCAAGGAGAUCUACCAGCUUGAGGUCCCGAUCAAGGUGAAGAAUAUUCCGAAGGACUGGAAUCAGAUGUCUGCUACCAAGCAGGUCAAGCGGUACUGUUUCCCCGAGCUUCGGAGUUCCAUCCGUAAACUCCAGGAAGCCCAGGAAACACACGGCCAAAUCGUGAAAGAGGUUGCCGGCCGCUUCCAUGCCCGGUUCGAUGAACACUACGGUACAUGGCUAGCCGCUGUUCGCGUUGUUUCCCAACUAGACUGUUUGAUCAGCCUGGCCAAGGCGUCCGCAUCUCUGGGGCAACCAAGCUGCCGUCCAGUUUUCGUCGAUGAAGAGCGAAGCGUCCUGGAAUUCGAAGAGUUGCGCCAUCCCUGUCUUCUUUCCUCCGUUGAAGACUUCAUUCCCAAUGAUGUCCAGCUCGGCGGCAACCGUGCCAAUAUCGACUUAUUGACCGGAGCCAACGCUGCCGGAAAGUCAACACUUCUCCGAAUGACUUGCGUCGCCGUAAUCAUGGCCCAGAUCGGCUGCUACCUCCCCUGCCAGUCCGCCCGACUCACCCCAGUGGAUCGAAUCAUGUCCCGCCUAGGAGCCAACGAUAACAUUUUCGCUGCUCAAUCAACCUUCUUCGUUGAGCUCUCGGAGACGAAGAAGAUUCUCUCCGAAGCAACGCCACGCUCGCUAGUUAUUCUCGACGAGCUCGGCCGUGGCACCAGCUCCUACGACGGUGUCGCAGUCGCGCAGGCCGUCCUGCACCACAUCGCCACCCACAUCGGCGCGAUGGGAUUCUUCGCAACGCACUACCACUCCCUCGCAACCGAGUUCGAGGGCCAUCCCGAAAUCACCCCGAAGCGUAUGGCCAUCCAAGUCGAUGAGGCCGAGCGUCGCGUGACCUUCCUCUACAAGCUUGAGGACGGUGUUGCGGAGGGUAGUUUCGGCAUGCACUGCGCGGCCAUGUGUGGAAUUUCGAAUAAGGUCAUUGAGUGUGCUGAGCAGGCGGCUAAGCAGUGGGAGCAUACCAGUAGACUUAAGGAAAGUCUCGAACGCCGGAAGGGCGGUGGGUAUGUUGGUCUCGGGUGGUGGAGUGAUGUUGCCUGGGCUCUGCGUGAGCCUUCGGGCGAGGAUGAUGCUGAUAUUGCUGAUCAUGGUCUGGAGGUGCUGCGCAAAGCUAUCGAGGCCUUGUGA